GUACCGUAAAUAUGCCCAGCGGAGAUACCGAAAAAGCGGACGAGUUGAAUGAAAAGCUUGAUGCUUUUGCCAGAGAUUUAAAGCAGGGGUCAAUAGAGGGGUCUUACAAUGUAGCGUUCAGAACAGUUUCUUUGCUGCGAAUAGUAAUUGCUCAGUCCAAAUGCAGCUCAGCAAAAGAAGUAAUGGCAAAUGUUAUUAAGGAAGGGAAAAGAUUGAUGGCUGCUCAGCUCACAGAAACAGCUGUUGGAAACAUGGUGAGAAGAGUUCUCAAAAUUAUCAGAGAGGAAUACGCAAGUGCAUUACGAGGUAAAUCGGAGGAGGGAGAUCCCAAGGAAUCUCUACAUAAAAUGCUGUUGGCUGGCGGUGAGAUUGAUGACUUCAGUCAAUCUGUACCAAACCUCAAGGCCUCAGUUUUAGAUGCAAUAAGUGAACUAAUAACAGAACUGGAGAACAGUGCAGACAACAUUGCUGGUCAAGCACUAGAACACAUCCAUGCUAAUGAAGUCAUUUUAGCGGCAGGGAAAUCAAGAACAGUGGAAGCAUUCUUAAAGAAAGCAGCAAAGAAAAGAAAGUUUCAAGUAAUUGUGGUUGAAUGUGCUCCAUUUUUCCAUGGCCAGGAACUAGCCGUGAGUUUAGCCCGAGCCAACAUAGAGACUACGGUCAUUAAUGAUUCUGCUGUCUUUGCUAUUAUGUCCAGAGUUAAUAAGGUUAUUAUAGGAACUCAUACAGUGAUGGCAAACGGAGGAUUAAAAGCUGUAAAUGGUUCUCAUGCAAUAGCCCUAGCUGCCAAGCACUAUUCAGUUCCACUUCUGGUUUGUGCAGCCAUGUUUAAAUUAUCACCACAAUAUUUGUGUUCCUAUGACCAGGAUGCCUUUAACAAGUUUGUGAGCCCUAAGGAUGUAAUGAAUUUUGAGGAGGGAGAGAUAGCAUCUAAAGUCCAGAUAGAUAACCCUGUGUUUGAUUAUGUCCCACCAGAACUUGUCACGCUCUAUGUAUCUAACAUUGGAGGAAAUGCCCCAUCUUAUGUUUACAGACUUUUAAGUGAAUUUUAUCAUCCCGAUGACCAUGAACUUUGAACCCGUGGCAUUGGUGUUACUGGUAGAGAAAGGGAUUAAGUUGUGAAAAUGCUGAAUCAAACAAAGCAGUUUGUAUUUUAAUCAAGUUAUUUUGAAUUCCUCAAAAAGGAAACAGCUAAAAUAAACAUCAGUAAAAAAAAAUUAAGAAUUGAUCAGUUGCGGUGGAAUUUGUCGUUGCCCCAUCCUUUAUUGUGUUGUUGAACUUCACUGCUUUCUGUAGGAAAAUGACAUGGUCUCCAUAAUUGUUCUUACAAAAUUUUGUUGUUUUUGAGGUUCUUUCACAAAUUUCAGAAGUAAUUUGUGAAAAACUUGUGCCUCUCUGAGUCUCUGACAAUAAAAGUUAUUCGUUGUUGUUUUUAUUGAAAAAUAUAUGUACAAUGUAUGUACAUGUUAGAAUACCAAAAUAACAUAAACACAUGAAAUAAUGUGUAAAUUAUUUAUUUUUUUCAAAGUCUGUAUAAAAUUCAUGAAAUAAAAAUAGCUAUCAAAAGACAGGAAUGUUGUUAUAUGAUUUGAGAGAGAAAUUUUGUGUUAUCAACAGCACUAUGAUUAAUUAAUAAUCAACACCACAAAAAAGACAAAAACCUUAAAACCUUAAUUAAGUAAGUAACAAACUACAAGUCAUAUACACACAC